AUGCUGCGCAAUGUCCCCAAUGCAUAUGAUCGUGAAGCGUUAAUGGCGGAAUUGGCCAACCUCGGUUUCGAGGGAUCCUUCGACUUCCUGUAUUUGCCCAUUGACACGUCCACGAAAAACAAUGUCGGUUAUGCCUUCGUAAAUUUCUGCAAUGAAGAGGCAUGCAUGAACUGUAUGAAUGCUCUGCGUGGCUACUUCUUCAAAGGGCAGCCCUACAACCGGCGUAGACCUGCAAUCGUUUCAGUCGCACAUCUUCAGGGUCUGGAAGCCAACCUCCAGCACUACAGUCGCACCCAGGUCUUCAAUGCGCGGCUGCCCUGCCAGCGUCCCUGGGUGGCGCGCGAGGCGGCCACAGCCCUAGCAGAUUGCCAGUGGGCCCCAGGCGGAUUUGCCAAGUUGAUGGAGGAUGCUGCUGCCAGACCAGGCACGCAGCCAGACACGCAGUCCCUCAUCCACCGACGGCGCGUGCGUGAACGGUGGAUGUUCCACAACUAUGGGCUGGCAGCUUAUGACAUGAUGCCUGAUGGGGGAUUUGGUCCCGGAGAUCAGCCAUUGUACAGUAAUGAUACUCCGCGAUACCACAAUCCAGGACAGGUUGUUCAUGAAGGGAUGAACGCCGACAUGAACGCCCAAGCUCUGAAACAGGUUGAGGACAAAGAGUCGCAACUUGCCAACACUGACAAGCCAAAUGGUCCAGAGCAAAAUCGCACUGCCGUCUCUGUACUCUCUCGCAUGUUGAGGGGCGAGUCGGUCGACCACCAUGACUUGCCCGAAGAAGAUGAGAUUGAUGAGAUGGACCCGCAUGGAAUGGAUCUCCUUGUCCCUGAGAUCAUGCCGGUGAUGCCAGGGGCUGGAAGUUUCGAUGAGUGGUAUGGAUGGCCCAGCCUGGUUUACAACUACGACUACGGCAUGUCAGGGCCACCACAGCCAGGGCCGGUGCCGGAGGACCGGGCAGUACAGGCAAAAGAUGAAGCAGACACGGAGAAAACGACGGUUGUCCUGACGAAUGUUCCCCGCAGUUUUUCAGCCCAGAACGUUUUCGACGUGUUGAAGCGCUUGGAGGUCUACGAUCCUCAGCUGUUCGCUUGGACCUGUCGGUCCGUUUCCAAUCGUUUGCUCAGGAGUCUUGCAGAGCCGCUCGGCCGAACUCCUUCCGGUCCAGUUGGAAAGCAACCACUUACUCACGUUUUGGUGCUGGUCAUCAGAUAUGCAGGCCAACGGACCUCGGUGCUCCAGUUCAACUCCGUCGAGCAGGCAGAGCUCGCAAAAAAGUCACUUGUGGAGUCCACAUGGGGUGGAGACAGGAAAGGAGAGAAUGCCAAGAUCCAGGUGGAGGACCUCCUCACCCACGAUCUGGAGCAGUUUUCAGCAGGCGGCACUCGUGCCGCAAGCUCCUGGGAAGAAGAGGAAUUGAUGAUGCCGGAGUAUGCGGACCAGUGGGAUGCCCCAUCGUCGUGGCUGGCUGCGGGGCGGCCCCCUGAUGUUUACGUGCCGCCCAAGACCGGCAUGGAGUUUCUGGGCCAGGAAAGCCACACGGGCAAUCUGAGUGCCCACGAGGGCGACAGGGCACACUUUGUGGUUUCGGAGGCAGAGGCAGACUGCUUUGAAGUCCCGGCCGUCCCGACUGGCAUGGAUGUGGGCUCACCAUCAGCUCCCGCAGACGCAGACUCUUCCGCUUCACCUGAGAUGAACCGACAGGAUCAGUUCCUCGAGGAGUUUGACACGAGUUGGCCGAAGUUGCCAAGCAAGGCCAAAAAGUCCGCAGAUGUUUUGGGCGCAGGCACGACCAGUCGCUGA